CCGCUCUGUGCGCGCCCGCUCUAUGAUGCUUGUGCGCGUCCCCCGCGCGCCGCGCUGCGGGCGGGGCGGGUCUCCGGGAUUCCAAGGGCUCGGUUACGGAAGAAGCGCAGCGCCGGCUGGGGAGGGGGCUGGAUGCGCGCGCACCCGGGGGGAGGCCGCUGCUGCCCGGAGCAGGAGGAGGGGGAGAGCGCGGCGGGCGGCAGCGGCGCUGGCGGCGACUCCGCCAUAGAGCAGGGGGGCCAGGGCAGCGCGCUCGCCCCGUCCCCGCCGGCCCUCCCCCCCGGAUGGAAGAAGGAGGAAGUGAUCCGAAAAUCUGGGCUCAGUGCCGGCAAGAGCGAUGUCUACUACUUCAGUCCAAGUGGUAAGAAGUUCAGAAGUAAACCUCAGCUGGCAAGGUACCUGGGAAAUGCUGUUGACCUCAGCAGUUUUGACUUCAGAACUGGAAAGAUGAUGCCUAGUAAGUUACAGAAGAACAAGCAGAGACUGCGGAAUGAUCCUCUCAAUCAAAAUAAGGGUAAACCAGACUUGAAUACAACAUUGCCAAUUAGACAAACUGCAUCCAUUUUCAAGCAACCAGUAACCAAAGUCACAAACCACCCUAACAAUAAAGUGAAAUCAGACCCACAACGGAUGAAUGAACAGCCACGUCAGCUUUUCUGGGAGAAGAGGCUACAAGGACUUAGUGCAUCAGAUGUAACAGAACAAAUUAUAAAAACCAUGGAACUACCUAAAGGUCUUCAAGGAGUUGGUCCAGGUAGUAAUGAUGAGACCCUUCUCUCUGCUGUUGCCAGUGCUUUGCACACAAGCUCUGCUCCGAUCACAGGACAGGUCUCUGCCGCUGUGGAAAAGAACCCUGCUGUUUGGCUUAACACAUCUCAACCCCUCUGCAAAGCCUUCAUUGUCACAGAUGAAGACAUUAGGAAACAGGAAGAGCGAGUACAACAAGUUCGCAAGAAAUUGGAAGAGGCACUGAUGGCAGACAUCUUGUCCCGGGCUGCUGAUACACAAGAGCUGGAUGUUGAAAUGGACAGUGGAGAUGAAGCUUAAGAAUAUGACCAGGUAACUUUCAACUGACUUUCCCCAAGAGCAAAUUGCAAGAGAUUGAAUUAAAACGUUUCCACUGGGUUUUGCCUGUAAGAAAAAAAAUGUACCCGAGCACAUAGAGCUUUUUACUAGCACUAACCAAUGCCUUUCUAGAUGUAUUUUUGAUGUAUAUAUCUAUUAUUCAAAAAUGAUGUUUAUUUUGAGUCCUAGGACUUAAAAUCAGUCUUUUGUAAUAUCAAGUGGGACCCUGAAAUGGAAUGGAGUUUUUGAUGGCAGGUGCAGUCUUACUGGAAAUGUAGCACUUAAAAGAAAUAUUUGUUUCCCCCACAGUUUAAUAUAAACAGAUCAGGAGUAUCAAAUAAAUUUCCCAUUAAAGAUUAUUAUGACUUCACUGUAUAUAAACAGAUUUUUAUACUUUAUUGAAAGAGGAUACCUGUACAUUCUUCCAUCAUCACUGUAAAGACAAAUAAAUGAUUAUAUUCACAGAC